AUGAUCACUCCUUCUCCGCCAGACACUGCCGCCAAGCACCAAGUGUCAUCGUGGCCGCUGCUCUUCUCGGCCAGCCACACGCUCUCCACGAUGCCGAGGCUUAACAUCGCCUCCACUGGCGAGACUUCCAACUUCCCCGGCAUCCUCGUAUCAUUUGGCCGUACCAGCAACUCCUCCGAUCGGAAAGUGGACACCGCCAAGACGGCCAAUAGACCAUGCAAAGCCCCGAGCCCGCCUCGCUCGACACCAGCAUCGUCCUGCACAAGACCCGGCUCUCCUCAAGCACUGGGUUGCAGCAGCAGCAGCAGCAGCAGCAGCAGCAGCAGCAGCAGGCCUUCAACAAGCCUGGGCCGUGUCCCAGUUCUCAUCGCAGCAAAGCCUCACUCGCUUACCGCUUCGGCUCAGCCUUUCACCCUCUCUUCCGGCCGCAAUGCCCAGCCUCCAGCUCCCGUAGCAGAGGCUAGCGUGAGGCUGCCUCCGCUAGCAGUGCAGGCUACACAGGCUCUUCAGGACAUCACAAACCCCACCCCCUUUCCAUGGCCUACAGCUACAGCAGCUGAAGCAAACGUGAGGCUGCUUCCAUUUGGAACACAGGCCCACAUCUCUUCCGCUUCCUCGUGCUACUAA